GAGAGAGAGAGGGAAGGCUGGUGGCUUAAGAUGGCGGAGGGAGACAGCGGGAGCGAGCGAGGUGGUGGGGGUGGCGGCGGCGGCGGCGGCGGAGGAGGCGGCCUCCUGCCGCAGCAACAGCAGCAGGAGACCCAGGAACUGGCCUCCAAGCGGGUGGACAUCCAAAACAAGCGAUUCUACCUGGAUGUGAAGCAGAACGCCAAGGGCCGCUUCAUCAAGAUCGCCGAGGUGGGCGCGGGAGGCAACAAGAGCCGGCUGACGCUAUCCAUGGCCGUGGCGGCCGAGUUCCGCGACUACCUUGGCGACUUCAUCGAGCACUACGCGCAACUGGGGCCCUCGGACUCCGACUCGGGCGCCGGCCUGGGCUCCGAUGAGCCGCGGCGAGCCCUCAAGAGCGAGUUCUUGGUACGGGAGAACCGCAAGUACUAUAUGGACCUGAAGGAGAACCAGCGGGGCCGCUUCCUCCGCAUCCGCCAGACCUUAAAUCGAGGCCCCGGCUUGGGGGGCACGCAGGGCCAGACCAUCGCCCUGCCGGCCCAAGGCCUCAUCGAGUUCAGGGACGCGCUGGCCAAACUUAUCGAUGACUACGGCGUGGAUGACGAGCCGUGCGGCCAGGCCGAGCUGCCCGAGGGUACGUCCAUCACGGUGGACAGCAAGCGCUUCUUCUUCGACGUGGGCUCCAACAAGUACGGCGUGUUCAUGCGGGUGAGCGAGGUGAAGCCCUCGUACAGAAACUCCAUCACCAUCCCUUACAAAGCCUGGUCCAAGUUCGGUAGCGCCUUCAGUAAGUACGCCGAGGAGAUGAAGGAGAUUCAGGACAAGCACCGGGAUAAAAUGCUGUUCGAGAGGCGAGCUGAUGAGUCCGAUGGGGAGGAUGUGGACGACGAUUGAAGCUUUUGAGUAAGAGAAGACGAAACAAAAACAAAAACCACGAAAAUAGGGCAAAUUGUAUCGAUUGAGAAGAAAAGUUUUUAAAAAUGUUUUAAUGAAUAAAUUGGUGUUGUGUCGAUUGCAAAGAAAGACGUUUUUAAAAAAUCUUUAAAAGAACAAAUUGGGUCGAUUGCAAAGAAGAUUUACAAAAUAAAACCUCGAGAAAAAGUUUUGAAUAGUAUUUUUUGGGAAACGCAGUUACAUAAGUGAAUGCAUCUUCUGAGGAGGAAGGAAAAUACUUGCAUUAAGUUUGUAUGCAUAUUCAUGAAAAGAGCGAAGAGGGGGCAAACUCUUCUCGGAGAUGUUGGAUGAUCGAUUCGUUGCAAAAUACACACUGUUAUUUGUGGAAAAGCGUCGUAUCACUGAACCAUCAGCAAUUCAGAAAAAAAAUUAAAGAUUUGUUGGCGUAACCAAAAGUUUUAAAACGAGAAACAAGUUACAAGAUAUAACCUCAACCUGGGGAGAAAAUGAUUUAAAGAGUCACCAUCAAGUCACUGAAGCCAGCAACACUUCGAAGUUCUUUUCGUAUAUUAAAAAUUCUUAUGGAAGUUUUUUUAAUUAUUUUAAAUACUGGACAAUCAAGAGUCAUUUUUAAAAUUUGUUUUCAUUCUGAAUAUUUCAAAUAUAUUUGAUAAAACUGUCGUUCCUGAUGUAGAAAGUUAAUGUUUUUAAAUAGAAUCAAAAAGGCUUGACUUAUUCAAUAGCAUAGUACACAGUGCUAGUUCCACAUGAGAUCUACUGCCAGGGUUACAGAUGACUGUAAUGUCUCCAUUAGAGAGUAAUAAGGCCCAUCUUGUAUAGUUGUGCAUUUCUUCCCCACCCCAGUGGGUUUUUUUUGUCAGUGUUAACGUGUAUUCUAUAUUUCUGUUGCAGUGUAAAUCAUCAAAAAUUCUACCAGUGUGAACUUGUUACCCUUGUAGUAGAGACUGCUUGUAACUAGCCCAGGUGCUAUUGUCAAAAACAAAUGGCAUGUCAAGCCUUGUAAGAGAUGCUCUAUAGAGUUUUCUGUUUUAGUUUUACGUAAGUCAGUUAUCCACGACGUACGAUCUGACUUUUCCAGACUUGAGAAUGUGCAUUUGCUUUUAAGUAGAAUAAUUGUAUAAAAAAAAAUUCACUGAACCACAAUUUCCCAAGAAACAUUAUUUAUGCACACAAAAUUCUUUGCCAUUGGGCAGGAUAGAUGAGAACUAAAUUGUUAACCAUAGCGAAACCCGGCACAAAGGAAAGGGGUCAUACAGCCGUUUGCUGUUUGUUUUUUCCAUUUUACAUCGUGCAGGAAUUUAGGCUUUUAAUGUUAUUUUUUUAAGCUGUAUUUAUUUAUUAGAAACAGUAAUUAUAUUUUGCAGUAUUUUCCCUCUAAAGACUCUGGAUUGUGCUAUUAGAGCAAAUAACUGGAGCAUUUUCCUGCCGAUUGACCCAGGUUGCCGAUGGCAUUCCUGGUUAAUGAGAGGAAAAUCAAUGAAGCCUCUACACAUGAGAGAAGAAAGAGUGAAUUCAGGAAGGAAGCUGUUUUUGCAAAUGAAUCCAAUUAUUUGGAAAUUCUACAGUGUUCAGAUGCAGCUAACACUUAACUACAGACUUAAUAGAAUCUGUCAGAUGUUAUAGAACAUAACAGGAAAACAAAAGAACCACAGCAAAUCAGGCCCCUUUCCUAACACCCAUUCACAUACCAACUCAGACAUACAGACAGCCUAAUGGGCCUCCAGCGGACU